GCGGCGGAUUCGAACGGCGGAGGGAGCGAGGGCGGUGCGGGAGCGGCGGGAGGAGGAGGAUGAAGAGUAUGGCGCCCCGCAACACUUUGCGGAAAAUUAUAAAGAAGCAUAAGCCGCAGUUACGCCUGGCGGCGAACUCCGACCUACUGGUUCAUUUGACUUUCUUAUUGUUUCUCCAUCGGCUAGCAGAAGAAGCCAGGACAAAUGCUUUUGAGAACAGAAGUAAAAUAAUAAAACCUGAGCACACCAUAUCUGCAGCAAAGGUUAUUUUAAAGAAAAGCAGAGGCUAGAAAACAGAUCACUGGAAUUUUAAAACACAUUUUUCAAUCUUUUAUGACUGACUUGAUUUAUGCUGCGAGCCAGCUUUAGCCUUGUGGAACCAUGUAGUUUUGUUGACAUCUAUCUCCUGACUGACUAGCUUGCUGUUUCUUAAAAAAAAAAUUAAAAAAUCUCAGACUGUAUAUUUUCAUACAUUUCAUGCAUAAUUUUAUGUGUGUCACUUGUCACUUAAGACUUUUGAUGUACUUUUUUUCAUAAUGAUGGAGGAAUGCUUGUACCAUGGAUACCCUUUGGGUACAAUGUGGCAUUUAUUAUUAAAAGUAUGAAACUUCUUAAGGGGAAUAUUUAUUAAAAAAAAUUAAAAACAACACAGGUUUCACUGAAUCUAGUAUAGAUUGUGCAGUUCAGAGCAGAUUUACUAGCUAAACAAAAUUAUGGCUUUCAAAACCAUCAUUGUAGAAACAAGUGUAUUAAAUACCUUGUCUUCAGUUUGUUUAUAAAUGUCUUGAUAAUUUUAAAAUUACUUUGACAAGUAGGUUGAAACUUCUGUGUUCUGGGGAAAGAAUACAUAGUUGGUAUUUUAAAUCAUGGUUUGAACUGUUAAGCUGACCUGUUUGAUGUGGUACAUGAGACAACUUCGUGGCCUGUAAUUCAGUUGGUGUGGACAGAUACACAGGUUAUGGAAAAGGAAAGAUCUGGCACAGCUGAUGUUUUCGAAGUUAGAUCUUGUAAAAAUAAAAAAGAUAAGUUGGCAUGAGUGCCAGGCUAUUUCCUUCUCUCUCUUGUGUAUCAUGCUAACUUGUCAAAAGCUUUAUAUAAAAAUGUCUUCCUAAAUUAAGGUCAUAUUCUGUUCCUAUUCUGAUAUUUGUAAUAAUUUACUGAACACUUUGCUUAAUAAAUAUAUUAAUGAAUUAUAGAUUAAUUUUGCAGUUCAAGCUGAUAAUGCAGUUUUGUGGAAUAUAUGGUAGCUAAUCCUUGAUACGCGCAGUGAGCUGUUCUUAAAAUAAAGAGUCUUCUGGUCUUAAAGAAACUGUGGCGAUGCCAGUACUUAUAAUUUCAUAUCAUGUCCAUGUACUUUUUAAAAUGCCGUAUAACCUUUGAAAAGUCAUCCUCUUCCAGUAUGCAGAAAGGAAGGAAGGAAGGAAGCAUUACUCUCCUGCUUUGCUUGACUCACAGAGCUUGGUGCAUCUGCCUUCUUGAAAGGGUUGACUAGAUUCUUUGUUCUGCGUUUUCUUCUCUUACUCCCUUGGAAUCCACAAGGAAGGCCAAGAACAUACACGUGUAGAAGAUAUGUGGACUUAAUAAUCUUAAGUACAUUCUCAGGAAUAAGGAAGAUCUGACUAGGUAUUUAUAUUUUUAUUUGUAAUUACUGUCUUUGAUUUAACAAUUUUAUUGCAACACUCGAUUUUCCUUAGAAAUGUUUUCAUUUUCCAUGAAAUA